AUGGGCGCCAAGAAAAAAACGACAAGCCGCUCGUCCGGCAAGAAGAAGGAGGCAGAGAAUGAUGUGCUGAGCGGACCGAUCUCGUUUGGCGAGAUGUCGCCUUACGAUGAGGAGGCCAUUGAAUUUGACGAUGUGCUGUCGGACGAAAAUUACGAGGAGGCGCACGACGAGACGAUUAAUGACGACGACGACUUUGAAGUGAAGGCGGAGAAGUAUCGUCGGCAGAUGCUUGCCCUCAGUCGCGAAGCCGCGGAGGAGCGUGACGCGGACAUGCGAACUCGUGCCGUGAAGGCAACCCCGUUACACGAUGCCGAGGUGGCAGAGGAGCAGAUGCAGCUGCUUGGCCAGCAGCACACCACAGAGGAGCUGCGCGAUCGUAUUCAGGAAACGAUUCGUGUACUGUCGAAUUUUAAGGAGGAGCGAGAGGAGGAGCGGACACGCGGCGAAUAUGUGGAUUUGCUGCGCUCCGACAUUAUGGCACUGUACGAAUACAAUGAGUUUCUUACAGAUGCGGUUCUGCUGCUUUUCCCACCAGCAGAGGCUGUGGAGUUUUUUGAGGCCAUGGAAAAGCCGCGCCCGACGACCAUUCGCGUGAACACGCUGAAGGCCAAACGCCGAGAUUUGGUGCAGGCGUUGCUGAAGCGUGGCAUGCAUGUGGAGCCGCUGGAGAAGUGGUCCAAGGUCGGUUUACAGGUGUUUGAAUCAAAUGUUCCAAUAGCGGGAACUAUCGAGUACCUUGCCGGGCAGUACAUGCUGCAGUCGGCGGUAUCGUUUUUGCCUGUGAUGGCGCUCGCCCCGCAGGAAAAGGAGCGUGUUCUUGACAUGGCCGCUGCGCCUGGCGGAAAGACUACAUAUAUUGCUCAGCUGAUGAAAAACACAGGUGUAUUGUUUGCCAAUGAUGUGAGCGAGCCCCGUACGAAGGCGUUGAAUGCCAACCUGCAGCGUCUUGGGGUGACAAAUACGGUGGUGACAAACUACGACGGUGCUGGCUACAAUAAGAUCAUGAAAAACUUUGAUCGUGUUCUCCUUGACGCACCGUGCACAGGGAGUGGUAUUAUCUCACGGGACAAGAGCAUCAAGAGCAGUAAACACUACGAGGAUGUUCAGCGAGCCUCGCAGCAGCAACGAACGCUUCUUCUUUCCGCCAUUGAUGCGGUGAAAGUUGGUGGCUACGUUGUUUACUCCACCUGUUCGUUUCUUGUGGAGGAGAACGAAGCGGUUGUGGAGUUCGCGGUGCGUCGACGCCACGUGGAAAUUGUCGAAAUGGGACUUCCGUUUGGUCGUCCCGGGCUUACGAAGUACCGCCACCACCGAUUUCAAGAAAAGAUGCAGUGCUCCAGACGCUUUUUUCCGCAUGUGCAUAACAUGGACGGAUUCUUUGUGUGCAAACUGAAGAAGUUGUCCGAUGACUGUCGUCCAGAGGCUCAAGACAUUGCCGCGGUGGAGGAGACGAAGAAUGGCGUCUCACGUCGUGCGAAGAGUGGAAUGAAGGGAGCCGCCAAGCGACAGCGCGACGGCAGCGCAGACAUCGUGGCGACGGAGUCAAGGAGGGAAAGCCGCAUAAGCGUUCCUCCACCGACGCCAAGGGGCGGCAGGAAAAAGCACCGUAAAGUUUGA